UCCACCGUCUCCCUAUCAUCUCUCCAGCAAUACCUUCCUUUGACAAAAAUCAAACUCACUCAACAAAAACCAAUGCGGCUUCCUUUUUUCAAAUGCGCUUUUAAUGACAGUCUUAAAAUGAUCCUCCUUCCAACAGACAAGGUCUCUGCAUCCUUGUGUAGUGAAAAUUUGUAGGCUUGACUUCUCCUUCACUCUAUGGAUUCUGGGGUUUUGGGCUUGGAUGGUUUGGUUUGCUUAACCGCUGCAACGACAACUAAUAGUGUCUUUGCCUCAGAAAAUGCUGCUGAGGCAGAGCACAAAUGUUACGGAUCCGGAUUUUUCAAGCAAGAAAGGCGUGCAGGCACCACAAGUGAAGAUGAAUAUAGGGAGUUUAAACUGGCCAAGACAGCUUCUAGUGAGGCAAUGCUGCUUCAGGAGAGAAUCCCUUUGCUGAGAUCCAAUAGCAGUAAUCUCUCUGAAGGCCAACAGAUGCUCAGUUUCUCUUCUCCCAACUCUCAAACUUUGACAUUGCCGUACUGUCAACAAACGUCAAGUUCCUUUAAUAGAAAUACAGGCUAUGGGUCUGGAGGCAUAAAUGCUGCUAGCAUGCAUGGGUUGCUAUCAGGGGUUAGAGGGCCAUUUACUCCAUCACAAUGGAUGGAGCUAGAACAUCAGGCUUUAAUCUACAAGUAUAUCAUUGCAAAUGUGCCUAUUCCUUCUUAUCUUCUAAAUCCCAUCCGAAAAGCCCUUGAGUCUACUUGUUUCUCCAGCUUUUCUGGCCUAAGACCCAAUGCUUUGGGUUGGGGUUCUUUCCAUCUGGGAUUUUCCAACACUGAUCCUGAACCAGGAAGGUGUCGAAGGACUGAUGGGAAGAAAUGGAGGUGCUCAAGAGAUGCAGUUGUCGACCAGAAAUAUUGUGAGCGGCAUAUGAACAGAGGCCGUCACCGUUCAAGAAAGCCUGUGGAAGGCCAAUCCGGCCAUUCUGUUACCGGAACCAACACGACUACCACCAAGCUAAUGCCCAUUACUUCCUCCAUCUCAGCAGCAGCUGUGGUGCCUGGAGCUGGAGCAUCUAACAAUCUUACACUUAACAGCAGGAGUUCUCUCGAAAAGGAAAAUGUGGACGAGGGAUAUCAACGUACAACAGGUCUUUCCAUGUUAUCCUCAAACACAAGUUUGAAAGACAACCGAUAUUCUGUUCCCAAAAAACAGAAUGCAUACGUGGAAUCUUCUUGCUCCAAGUUCGGAUUAGUAUGCUCUGAUUCUUUGCUCAAUCCUUUAGAUAGAAGUUCUUCAUUUGUGAACAGCAAUCUCAAUGAUCACAAAAGCAAAUCACAGCAUCCACUUCGCCAGUUCAUGGAUGAAUGGCCCAAAAACCCAUCAGAAUGCUCAGCCGUUUCAUGGCCUGAUGUUGAUAUACAGUCGGACAGGACUCAGCUUUCAAUUUCCAUCCCCGUGGUCACAUCAGACUUCGUGUCUUCUACCUCAUCUCCUGUGAACGAAAAGCUUACAGCCUCUCGACUGAGAUUAUCCCCAGAGCUUGAGGCAACUCAAAUGGGAUUGGGAGUAGGCAUCAUCUCAAGUGAACAGAGACAAAGACAAACCAACUGGAUUCCCAUUUCCUGGGAACAUUCCGAGGGUGGACCUCUUGGAGAAGUUUUACAUAGCACAAAUAACAGCAAAAAUGAUCGUAAGAACACCAUGGCUCUGAGCCGGAUGGAGGGCUGGGAUAGAAGCCCCUGUUUGGCAUCAUCUCCCACUGGGGUUUUACAGAGGGGUGCACAUGGUUCCCUAUCUAACAGCAGUGCAGGGAGUAGCCCAAGGGCAGAGAGUAGCAAGACACUCGAUGGGGCUAGCCUUUGCAAUGGACCCGGAGGUUCAAGUUUAAUGAAUCCAUCCUUCCCUGCAAUGUAAUCAUGUCAUGGCCUGUUGCUUUUUAUGUGCUGACAAAAUUUUAGUCUAAUUGGCUUUUGAAAUUUGUUAAUUUGUUCACUCUCGUGUUAUUGUAGUUUUCCUGGUUUUCUCUGCCUGAAUUUGUGAAAGUGUAAUGCUUCAAUCUUAACGUAAGACCUUUCGAUUGCAAAUUUCAAUCACAUGUUCUUUAGGUUGUUCAACGAUUGUGUUGUCAUCCUGGUGUGCUAUAAUUUCAGACAUCUUAGUAUGGAAACAUAUUAUUAAUACUU